UCAGUUUCUGUAUUCGUAGAACCGUGGGUCGGGGGGUCAAUUCACUAACAUCAACGAAAGUUUUGAUAUACCUUUGAAGAUUUAAAUUUUACUUUUUUAUAAUAACAUUUUUUCGUGAAUUGCGGAACCAAAAGAUCCAUAUGAUAAAUUAUUCUCUGAAUUAAAUAUAUAUUGAUACAUAUAAACUAAUAAUGCGUCCGUUAAAUAAGUAAAAUUAUGCAAUAUUUUAUAUAAAAUGGAAUCUGCUGAUUCGUAUGAAAAAAAGCACAUGCAAUGGACCUCACUAGCCAUCAGCCAUGUGGAGUAUCAAACUGGAGAUUUCUUUGGUAAAUUAUUAGCUUUGACAAGUUUGUGUCCAUUGGCCCUGGUUAUUGCAUUUGCUACACUGAUAUUAUUUAGAAGAGAUUUGCAUACCAUCACGUUCUUUUGUGGGACUGUACUAAAUGAAGCUAUAAAUUGGAUAUUAAAACAUACUAUUAAAGAACUGCGUCCUUGUCAUGGAAGAGAAAUUCUUUUUUCUGAAUAUGGUAUGCCAUCAAAUCAUGCACAAUUUAUGUGGUUUUUUGCUACUUACAUGGCAUUUUUUCUAUUAAUUAGAUUACAUCAUGGCAAUAGCUCAUACCCAUUAGAAAAUGCAUGGAAAUACAUCGUAACAGUACUAAUUAUUUGUCUUGCAGCUGUUGUUACAUAUAGUAGAAUUUACUUACAAUACCACACAUGGAACCAAGUACUAUGUGGAGCUGUUUUAGGUAUAUUCUUAGCCUGUAUAUGGUUUUUUAUUACACAAUUAAUGUUAACACCUUUGUUUCCCAUCAUUGCUGCAUGGCCCAUUAGUGAGUUCCUUAUGUUAAGAGACACAACACUCAUUCCAAAUGUUAUGUGGUUUGAAUAUACGUCCCAUCGAGCAGAAUCCAGAACAAGACAGCGAAAGCUAGUGUCCAUGAAAUCUCAGUGAACAUGUGUUUAGCUCAACUAUAUAUUCUAUUAUGUUUUUUGAAUGUAUAAAUAUUGCCACUGAAGUUUGCUUGUUUUAUUCUUGAUAAUCCAUUUGUUUCUUCAUAUAUAUAUAUAUAUAUAUAUAUAUAUAUAUAUAUAUGCUUAGAAAUUUGUCUACCUUUUUAAUUACUGUGAUCAUUGGUUGUGUGUCUGUCUGGUCAUGUUUAAUAACUAAGGUUUUUAGAGGCCUAUCGCUCAUUGUUACUUGUACAUUGUUAACACAAUUCAAUAAACUCAAUGCAUUUAUAUUAA